AUGAAAAAAGAAAAAUCUACAGAUUUUAUUAAAAAUUAUUUACAAAAUAUUGAAGCAAAUAAUUAUGCUUAUGAAAAUGUUUUUGAAUCAUUAAAGAGUGGUGGAAAAUGGAAAAAUUUCGAGAAAAAAGAGGAUGAUGAAGGAAAAAAUAAGACAAUUGUUGAAGCAACAAAAUUAAUUAAUUCAGGGAGUAAGGACGAAGCAAAAAGUAAAUAUGAAGCAAAAAGUAAAUAUGAAGCAAAAAGUAAAUAUGAAGCAAAAAGUAAAUAUGAAGCAAAAAGUAAAGAUGAAGCAAAAAGUAAAGAUGAAGCAGAAAUACUCGAAUUAAUUAAAUAUGAAACAAAAGAACAGAAAGUAAUCAAAUCUGAAACAAAAAGACUUGAAGCAACUAAAUCAGUCGUUGAACCAUUAAAGUUGAAACAGGAAGAAACAAAGGAAGUUGUUGAUGAAAAAACUGGAAUCAAAUCGAAUUUAAAGGAUAUAGAGAAAGUACAUGAAACAAAAUUAAUAAAUGAAAUGAAGUCAGAUUUGGAGUUGAAGCAUGUUUCCGAAUCAGAAGAAUCAAAUAUAUAUUUAAAACUGAAGCAUUCUGAAGAAGCAUAUUUUGAAACAUUUAUGAAAGACAAUUCUGAGUUGAAGGAAGUAAAUCAAAAUUCUGAAGCAAGACAAUUGAAGAAGAAAGAGUUGAAGCAGAAUUCAUCUAGGCAAGAAUAUGGUUCAAAUAAAAAUGUAAUAAAAACAGAGAGUUUGUUAGAGGUAUCUGAGGAUAAAAAAGGAACUAAAAUAAAAGAGCAAGAAUCAAUGAGAACAAACUAUGAAACAAAUAAAAAAGAGGCAACUGUGAAAAGUAAAUCAGAAAUAAUUAAUAUUACUUGUUCUGAAGCAAAAACACAUAAAAAAGAAUUAAGUAAAUCGGAAGAAAGUACAAAUAAAACAAAAACAAUGAAGAAAGAAGCACACAAAACUGAAGCAAGUAAAUCGAAAGUAAUUACUGAAUCUGAAGUGAUUAAUAAAACUGAAGCACUUACUGAACUUGAAGCAAAUACAAAAUCUGAAGCAACCGAAAUAAUUACUAAAUCUGAAGCAGCUAAAGCAAUUACUACAUCUGAAGCAAUUACUAAAGCUGAGGCAAUCAAACCAGAAACAAUUGAAUCUGAAACAAUGAUACGACAAAAAAAUUAUAGAAAACCAAAUAGAAAAGGAGACAACGAGUCUUCAAACCCAAUUAAAUUCGAAUUAACAAGUACUAAAUCUGAAGCAAACUCUGGGACAACACAUAAAUCUGAAGAUAAACGAAAGUUAAUAGUUGAAGCAACCCUUGAUAUUCGAAAAACAAAGUUUCAGAAGAAUGAAGAUGAAGCAAAGCUUGAAGUUAAAGAAGUGCUGCUUCAGAAGAAUGAAGCUGAAACAAAACUUGAAGUUCAAGAAGCAAAGUUUCAAAAGGAUAAAGCUGAAGCAAAACUCGACGAAGAAGUAAUGCUUCAGAAGAACGAAGCAGAAGAAAAAUUCGAAGCUCUACUACUUCAGAAGAAUGAAGCUGAAACAAAACUUGAAGUUCAAGAAGCAAAGUUUCAAAAGGAUAAAGCUGAAGCAAAACUCGACGAAGAAGUAAUGCUUCAGAAGAACGAAGCAGAAGAAAAAUUCGAAGCUCUACUACUUCAGAAGAAUGAAGCUGAAACAAAACUUGAAGUUCAAGAAGCAAAGUUUCAAAAGGAUAAAGCUGAAGCAAAACUCGACGAAGAAGUAAUGCUUCAGAAGAACGAAGCAGAAGAAAAAUUCGAAGCUCUACUACUUCAGAAGAAUGAAGCUGAAACAAAACUCAAUAUCCAAGAGGCAAAGUUUCAGGUGAAUGAAGCUGAAACAAAAUUAGAAGUUCAAGAAACAAGGUUUCAAGAUAAUAAAACUGAAGCAAAAUUUGACGUUAAUGAUUUACAAUCAACGAAAUUGGAAUCUGAAAUUAAUAGACCAAUAAAUUAUUCUAAAAAAAUCGAAAAGCAAGACGAGAACCUAGCAGAUAGCAACACUUUAGUUAAACAAAUAAUACAAAAACUCAGAGACAGACAUGAAACUGAGGAUAAAGAGUCAUUAAAUUCCUCCCAACUAUCUGCUUCUAAUUUUAGCCCAUCCUCACUUACAAAUUUAUCUGAAACAUUCCAAAAGUCCCUAACUGAAGAUGAAGCAAUCGAAGUGUUUUUAUUAUCAAGACAUUUUGAAUAUGACUGUGCUAAACCUUUGAAAGUGCUUCCACCCCCAAAUGUUACAAUUUUCGAAUUUGAUGAGAAAAAAAUGAAAAGAAGAAUUGAAGCAAUAGAAGCAUGCCCAUUAAAGAAGUCUGUUCGUUUUAAUAUUGAAAAAUCAAAAGAAUUUUGUUUUUCACCUUUUAAUUGCUCUUCCGAGGAGGAGGAGGAAGAAGCUAAUGAGGAGAGAGAGGAAGGCCCUUCAUUAAUUUCUCCUCCCAAAUUUUUAACAAAAGAAAGGGAAAUUGUAGCAGAAUUAAAUAAAAGGUUAUUUGUUCAUUUGGAACUUAUCUCAGCUGUAGAACCUAAGAUGUCAAUUUAUCACAACGAUAUGCAUCUAGGUGAUGACCCUUCCAAGUGCCGAUUUCUUGUUGAUAAAAAUGGCGAUUGUUGGGAGAUUAUGUUAAUAUUCCCCAACUUUGAUACUGAACUUGUUGGGGAUUAUGUUUUUAUUGCUAGCAAUGAAGGAGGAUUUGAUAAAUCAAAAAUUACAUUGAAAUUGAAAGAAGAGGAAGAAAUAGUUUCAAAUUUAGGUAAAUAUGUUUGUUGUAAAAUGUUUUGGAAUAGACAAAAUGUUUUAUUUGUUUUACAAUGUUUGUUGUUUUACGACAAACAGCAAACAUUAUGUUUUGCAAAAAGAAGAAAAAGCAACAACAGAAACAACACCAAAAACAUCAACAAACACCAAUAA